UCUAAUCCAAUCUAGGGCUUAAGAGUGCCACAAUGCAGGAAGAGGACGGCAAUGGCGCGUCUUCUUCUUCUUCUUCUCGCAAGAGGUACGCCGAGGAGGAGCAAGAGAGCGCUGCUGCGAUGAAGAAGAGGAUCCACAGCGCGCAGGAAGACGCCGCGCUAAAUCUUGCGGCUGCCGCCACAUUCUCGGCGAUCUCGCGCGAUGAGUUGCCAAUCAGUGUGGUGGAGAAGAAGGUGAAGAAACGCAAGAAGCUCAAGCAAGUGGUCAUUCGGCUGGAUUCUUUCGCUCACCAGAGGCUAAUGGAAGUUGUGUCGGAUCAAUAUGGUGGCAGCUUGGAAGCUCUUGUAAACGCAGCAGUGGAUGCGAGGAUUGGGCCGGAGUGCUCGAGCAAGAAAUCUAGCCUUCGGAAACCAAACCUUUCAAAGUGGAAGCGAAUGAAGUUUGAGCAGCUCAAGAGCAGCGAAUUGCAAGAACUGGCGAUGGCAUUCCAAAAUUUAGCGGAAUCAUCAGCCUUGGCAGCUGAGCUUCCGGCCGAGCUACUUGGAAUCCCGUGGCACGAGCUCACUGUACUACACUACGAGAAGAUGCUCGUCGAGACGAAGAAAAUGCUCCUGCUGAUCGAUAAAACGCACGACUGCCCUCACGUGGGAUGCAACAAGCGGUUUGCAACACCGGGAAGUCUUGGAGAUCAUCUAAACGAGCACAAUGGCCAGAGACCAUACCUUUGCAGCUUUGAGAACUGCAGCCUUCGGUUUAGCAGCAAGCAGCUACUGAGCCGACACAUAAAAAAGCACGAGAGAGCUCACAAAUGCACCUUUGAAGGAUGCAACAAGCGCUUUGCUUUCCGCGAACGUCUGGUUGUCCACCAAAAGACCCACUGCGAUGACAGGCCCUUGGUGUGCCCCUUCGAAGGCUGCGGAAAGAGCUUCAAGUGGCUCAACUCACUCAAUGGUCACAAGAGAACACACACUGGAGAGAAGCCAUUUCACUGCACGUUUUCUGGCUGUGAGCGCUCUUUCGGAUAUAAGGUGGAUCUCACAAGACACAUAAGAACGCACUAUGGCCAGCAUGCUCGACCAAAUCCACGAUAAAAACCGGUAGGAACCUCCAUUCUUUGUAUUUUUUCUGAGAGAACGAUCGUCUUUUGUGAUCAAUCGUUUACUUGGUUGAUCCUAUUUGUAUCAAUGGUUUCUCCUCCAUAGAUUUGGAAGAUUUGGAUUUCC